GUAUGUGAAUCCGAGGGACGUGGGGAAAUAUGCUGACCCUCACCGACUCCUUUUAUAUCUUCUUAGACAAGAUUGUUUAGAAAGUCGAGUGCGUUAUAUCAUGGAAGAUGUGAUUCCACGUGAAGGAGAUGUUGAUAUCAUGAAAUUAGCAGAAGAGACAGUGUUAAAUGCCAGGCGUAAAUCACAUGCAAAGGCAGAAACCAUCAACAAUUCUACCAGAAUGAAAAACCUUAUAGAGUGUCCUAACCAGACCCCAUUGCAAUCAGCAUCUGAUAAGGGAGGAGCUGGGAAAUGCUGCCAAAAAGAGGACGUGGUCCCAUGUGAGUCACUGACAUCACCAUCACGUCUGCCAUCAAAAGAACCAUCCCCAUCACCAUCAUCAUCAUCACCACCACCACAGCCACCUCCAUCACCACCAUUACCAUCUGUGUCUCCUCCACCAUUGCCACCAGUGGAGGAAGAACCUUCGUGUCUGGAAGAAAACCUCACAUCCGUAUCAACGCAGUCAGAGAAAAGCCACACGUCUGCCCAGACACGAGAUACGAAUCUGUCGACAUCGAGCAUGACUGAUAGCUUAGAUUCUGUUCCCCAGUCUGCGAGAUGCUGCAAGACGGAGCAUGAAUUAGCUGCACUUCAGAAGAAUGAAAAAACUUCAUCAAAGACAUGCCAUAGAAACCCUUCAGUGAAGAAAAGUUUGUCAACACAAUGCACAGUAAAGGCACCGAGCAAAACACCGAAAUCUUUGCAGAGAAAUCAAUCUAUGGAUUCCUGCAUGAGUUCUACUGACUGUCUGUCAAUUGCCAGUGUAGUUUCACCGAUGCCAAAAUAUAAUAUCUCCAGCAGGAAAAGAUUUGAAGUUGGGCAUGCUGGCCAUGAGAGCCCCUGUGAUAUAUACUCCUAUCUGACACCGACGCAGCGCAAGGACCAACAAAUUAAGGAACUAAAGAACCAAAUUAAAGUAAUGGGCAAACAGAUGGAGGAAAAGGACCAAGACAUUGAACUGUUGAAGAGUGAGCGUGGUCUGGAGACAGCAAGAGUCUUUGAAGAAAGGACGGAACAGAUAGAGAAAGUGCGGGAUGAGAUGAUCAAGUUACAAGUGAAGAAUGAGCAGCUGGUGUUGGAUUAUUCCGAGGCUCAGGAAUGCAUCAAAGAACUACAGUUGGAGAUCAAUGAAAUGAAGGAAACUGUGAAAAAGAGGGAAGAUGACCAAGAGAAGAUGUAUUUGGAGAUGUAUAAGAAAGGUCAGCAGUCGGCACAGUUCGAGAGGGAGGAGGAUUUGCAAACUUUACUUACCAGAGGCGUAAAUAAUGUCGGUAUACGAGAACUAGCUCGUCGUUUGGCAUGGACCGAAUGUGAGUUGGCCAAAUGGCAAACAAUACAACGGCGCGAAGUUUAUGAGAAUGCAGACAAACCAAGUACAGAGGCCGCAGCAACAUUGCGAUUCCUCAAAGAUUCAUUCUUUCAUUACCUGACCAAUGAGAAAGAUUCUGAUGACCACUUAAGGGCUAUGAUACGAAUAUUUAAUUAUACUGAAGUACAGAAAAAGAAGGUGGCAAAGAAUCUUUUAGAAGGAAAAAAACUGAGAAAAUAGAAACAGCCAUAAUAUACAAACAGACUUUGUAAACGUGUGUACAUAUAUAUAUAUAUAUAUAUAUAUAUAUACACACACACACACACACACACACACACACAUACAUACAUAUACAUAUAUAUAUAUGGCAAAUGAAAGACGUUUUAUUAUCCAUAUAUAUAUACACACACAUGUAUACAUACACACACUCUCUCUCUCUCUCACACACACACUCCUAGACACAUGCAUAUAUAUGCAGAUAAAAAAAGCAAUCAAAGAGCUGAAAGUUUCUUUCCUUUUGAAAUUUCACUUGAAACUUGUUAACCGUUAAAUGUAAAAAUACUUCUUCUGUAUAAAUAAAGGCCCUCACAGGAGAUGAUAAUCUGGUUCUAUGUGUUGUAAAGCUGGCAAAUAAAAUUGUUGAAAAUAA